GUGAACCGCGUCGACGCGCGAGGAUGCACGGCGUUGCACCACGCCGCGGACGGCGAUAAGAUCGACAUCGCGGAGGCGCUCAUCGACGCCGGCGCGAAUAUCAACGCGCGCGACGACGACGGCGCGACGCCGCUGCACUACGCGUGCGUCGUCGAGCUCCCGGGGAUGUGCGCGCUUCUGCUGUCGAAGGGCGCGGAGGUUGGCAUACCGGACGACGACGGCGAGACGGCG